CGCCGGGAAGCCAGAGUCCCCCGACUCCCAGCCGGGGGCCCCCACCUGGCAUUCCGGGGGCGGGAGGGGGGGCGGCGCGCUCUGCAAAGGGGAAACUGAGGCCCAAGGAAUUUGUGUACUUUUCCUAACUGACAAAGCUGAACCGACCCACCCCCUGGGACCCUCCACGCUAUUGCUCAGAAGAAUCUUCCCCGUCCUUGUCUUCUCAUUCUGUCCUCCGGGUUUCCUAGUAAGCACACAGCCCCAAGAACACUCUUGACACCUCCAGCCACGCUAUGCAGGCCAGAGGCCGCCCUGGCCUCCCAUCCCUGGCGCUGCCUCUCGCCUCCUCCGUUCUGAUGCUGCUGCUGAGCAGCCUAUGGCUGCUGGGGGCUGGCCCCAGCCUUGUCCUGGCCCCGGAGCUGCUGCUGGACCCUUGGCAGGCGCACCGCCUGCUAACCCACGUCCUGGGCCACAUGACCCUACCUGGCCUCCUCCUGAGCCUGCUGCUCCUGCCCACACUGGGCUGGUGGCAGGAGUGCCGCCUGGGCACACUGCGGUUCCUGCAUGCCUCUGCCCUGCUUGCCCUGGCUGCUGGGCUAAUGGGUGUGCUGCUGGCGGGCCUUGGGGUGUCCCGCGCAGCUGGUGGCUGUGGCUACAUGCCCGUCCACCUGGCCAUGCUGGCAGGGCAGAGUUACCACCCUAGACAGCCCCAGCAGCUACUGCCACCGCGGUUGCUGCCGUGGUUGCUGCUUGUCUUGACACCAGUGAUCAGCUCCGAGCCACCCUUCCUGCAGCUAUUGUGCGGCCUCCUUGCUGGCCUGGCCUAUGCAGCUGGAGCCUUCCGGUGGCUGGAGCCCUCUGAGCGGCGGCUGCAAGCAUUGCAGGAGGGCGUCCUGUGCAGGGCCCUGGCGGGGUGCUGGCCCGUCAGACUCCUUCCCACCCCAGGUGGCCUGGCCGAGCUGCCGGUCACCCAUCCUGCCGGAGUGAGGCCUCCCGCCCCUGGACCUCCCUACAUGGCCUCCCCUAGCGAAGGCUCAGCCCACCUCCCGCCAGGCCUGGGGCCUGUGCAGCUGACCUGGGAGGGCUCCACAGAGGUGGGCCUGGCCUGGACCGGGCCCAUCUUCCGUGCAGGGGCCCCGCUGUGGGCGGCCCUGGAGGAGCAGAUGCUGCAGGAGGGGAUUCAGGCCUCCCUCCUUGAGAGGCCGGCCCGGUGUCCUGAGGGCCCGCUGUGGCUGUCUAAGUCCUCUGUCUCCUCUCUGCGGCUGCAGCAGCUGGAGCGCAUGGGCUUCCCCACAGAGCAGGCCGUGGUGGCACUGGCAGCCACGGGCCGAGUGGAGGGUGCUGUGUCCCUACUGGUUGAAGGGGAGGUGGGCACUGAGGCCUUAGUGACUCAGGGGCGGGGCGGGCCCGCCCACCCCAAGGGCCCUGGUCCCCCCUAGCACAGCAGGGUGACAAGGGGCUUAGCCUAUGUUUGGGGAGUCAGAGCCCCAUCCUUGUCUGCCGAGAGUCACGGUGUGCAGGAGAAGCCCCUCCAGCACCCCACCCUGGCUCUACUCAGAAUAAAAACAGUUCAUUUUUCAACCUAGA